AUGGGGAGAGAAUUCGCUGACAUCCGCACUUACCAUUUUGAUCCUGAAAAAGCCACACUUCUUUCGCCAAAGAAAAAGCGUGUCGUCAUCGAAGGCAUCGAUGGCAGCAGUAUUACCAUGGAACUAUCUUCUUUCAUUCACGGAGCGAAACCGCCAAACGCCAUCGCCAAGCACUGCUUUGUCCACACGUUGUCCCAUGCACAACGUACUGAGAAACGCAUAGAUGAAGAACGAACCUUGGAUCCACCGUGA